AUGACCAGGUCUCUACGUAAAGCCUGUCGAGCCUGCACCGCUGCCAAACGGCGAUGCAUCGUGCAACUGCCUCAAUGUCCCCGGUGCCGGACCCGGCAGAUCGACUGUGUCUACGACCUCGAACCCUUGAUGGGCGGUACUUCAAGAACCAGUACCUCAAGAUCCAGUACCAACCUCAGCGCACCAAUCGCCGAUGACGAUGGCGACCUCUCGGUCAACUCCAAAUUCCUGCAUUACGUUUCAUCUUUGCACAUGGAUCCUAAAAGGGUUGCUCUCGAAUGUUACAGGAACCCAACCACUCAAUACCCUGUCGUCUGGAGAGUUCCUAUCUCUGCCGACUUCCCCACCGUCGAAUAUUUGGCCCGUAAAUUGGUGGAUAUGGCGGACUCGGUGGCCUUGAGCCAGUCGGCGCCAUACAUACAUCCCCAAAGGAAGCCUCGGCCUCGGCCAGCGCUUCUCGGGCCAGACUUGGACGUUGAAAGUCGAAAGACUACUUACAGUGAUAUAACUCAGUGUACUAGGCUUAGCGACCUGCUAUGCGCACUGCACGAUUCUCCCGAACCGCUGUCCGAGAUCUUACAAGCCUUUCAAAUCCUCCUCGGACACAUAAUGCGGCUGCUUUUCUCCGGCGACCAGAGCAAACCUCGCCACAAGGAAAAGCUUCUUGGCCAUACAAGAAGGUUGGCGGUAAGGUUGGUCAAUGACGCGCCCCGUAUGAUGCCGUCGAAUCUCUCUCGAUGGGAGGCCUGGAUCUUGGCAGAAAGUCUGCGACGAGCAAUACUGAUGAGCUGUCUCAUACAAGGCGUGUAUAACGGUUGGACCCGAGGAUAUUGCUAUCACGAGCUCUUCAUUCAAGCACUGCCAUUCAACGUUCGCCCUGGUAUGUGGACUGCUGGGUCCGAAGGGGAAUGGGAGGCGCUCUUGGAAAUCGGUAACGAUAAAGUCGGCUCUGGGAACCACGGAGCAACGGACUUGGUUUCCUUUCGCGAAUUUGCAUCUAGUUUUGCCAGAGCUCCGUUUGACCCAGGAGCCGAUAAUUUCCAAAGGCUAUUGCUGAUGGCGCACCAUGGCAAGGCCCCCGUCGACAGGGUGCUGGGUGUGUGA